GACGCAGCAGCGGGUCAGCAAGUAGUGUAGUGUUUCUCUAAUUGAACUUCGCCCAAUCAACAAUAACUCGUUAGCAGUCGCUUUCUUUUUCUUGCUGCUUGAGACAGCUUUUUUUCCCCUUGCAGGGAUUCACCCCCCUCCAGUCUGUUACUGCAUAAAGAUCUACAUGGAGCUUGGCAGAGGAACUGCGACUCUCUGAGGGGAAUACAGUCCGGCUGCCUUUGCAACUACGCCCGAAGCAUGGUUAUUUUGGAGGAAAGCUCUCCGGCGAGCUAAGUUGCAACAUUCGGCUUUGAGUGUUAAAAAUAUAGAGGGGGGACUACGAGAACGUCGAGCACCAGAGGAAACACUUGUGGACGCUUAAAACUACCAUUUGAAUGAAAUAAUCAACUUUUCUGGAAGCAGCGAUUCUUCAGGACUGCGAUGACCUCCAGCAAAGACAUGAAGGCAGGUUCUGUGUUGCAGUCCAGCGGCGACGAGAGGAGACGGGCUCCCUUGGACCAGCUGCCGCCGCCGGCGAACUCCAACAAACCUUUAACGCCGUUCAGCAUUGAGGAUAUCCUUAACAAACCCUCGGUAAAGAAGUCUGUCGCCAGUAUCUGUCCGCCGAGAGUGCUGGAGAAAGUGACGGGCUCCAACUCGGCGAGAAACGGGAUCACCACUCCCUCCUCGCCGCUGUGCGCGCUGGAAGAGCUGGCCAGCAAAACGUUUAAGGGUCUGGAAGUCAGCGUUAUCCAGGCAGCAGAAGGUCGUGAGCAUGUAAACGCUUUCGGACAGAGGCAGACGUCGAAAAAGAGGAGAAAGUCGCGGACGGCCUUCACGAACCACCAGAUUUACGAACUGGAGAAGAGGUUUUUGUACCAGAAGUACCUUUCUCCGGCCGAUCGCGACCAGAUCGCGCAGCAGCUGGGGCUCUCCAACGCGCAGGUUAUCACCUGGUUUCAGAACCGCAGGGCCAAACUCAAGCGGGACCUGGAGGAGAUGAAAGCGGACGUGGAGUCCCUAAAGAAAAUCACCCCACAGACCCUGCAGAAGCUCGUCAGCAUGGAAAACAUUGAGGAGUCCCAGGGUGGGGGACCCGAGGCAAGAUCGCCAAGUAUCUCCCCGACCUCCCAAGGACACCGGGCCUUCCCACAGUCCCCCUCCUCGUCCAGAGACCAAACAACGGAUGAAUUCUCGGAGGACGACGAGGAAAUUGAGGUGGACGAUUGACAGUCAGGGGGCCUGUGGUUUUCAUAAGCAGCAACAAAAAAGAAUAUUAAAAAAAGGGGGCAUUUUUCUUCCCAAACUUUUGCACGGAUAUUGACAAAAAAAGGAGAAUAUAUACAUAAAAAAACAUUUCAGGAAAGUUUUUAUUUUUUCUCCUCCUCCUUUUUUCCUCAAUUUUAAUUUAUUAAUCGGACUCGUCCAAGUCUGUCGUUAAAAGUUUCACCACAAUAUUUGAGGAAUAUCUGGUUUCCUAUCAGACAGAAUCUAACUGUUAUGGUACAGUGAGACUGAAAAUUGUGUAAACAUUAUCAUUUUUUCACGCUCGUUUUUAAAGGGGGGGAUGGAAAGUUGUGCAAUUAUUUUUGGGGGUUUUUGUCAUUUAUUCGCAAUCUUCUGUUAAAAGAAUCGGAUCAGCCAAAUAUUUAAAAUAACCCUUAUCAACUUUUUUUUCUCUAUAUAUAUAUACAUGCACAACCCGGGGUCAUGUGUCAACCCAUCCCUCCUUCAGUGUAAAAUUUAUGAUUAUAAUUAUUUUGUUUCUUUGCUCUGAGCGAAAAGUGUUUCUGCAAAGCAUGCAGGCCUGUUCGCAGCGCAAAAAGUAGACGUCACUAUUAAUACCGACUGCAAACUUUUACACGCUCUGAGUUCUGUAUAUAUAUCAAACAUCCUAUGCGAUAAUUUUAUUGUAACAUUCUAUUUAAUCAGCAUCUAUGUAAAUAAAGGUUAUAUGAUAUUUCAAGAAGCUUUCGGCGAGAUUGGAUGUGUGAUUGUGCAUAAGACUAAAAACAACUAUAACAAUCCUAAAUUAGAAAUCUGAGGGAUGACACAUUCAAAUGUGUCCUGCAGGAAUAUUCUGAUUACACCGUGACAAAUGUGAUUUAAAAGGGGGGCAGCUACUGCAUUAGUAGGUCACAAAAUAUUAUAUGGAGAAGGACAUGUGCUAUAGCAAUAUUAAAAUAAUACUGUAGGUGUUAUGGUAACCUGUGAGCUCCUCUAUAGGAAUGCUAGAUGAGAUAAAUUUCCAAUAAGACUACAAUAACAUGAGGAUUUAUCCGGAGAGAUUGAGCAAAUAGAUGGAUUAUUCAACCAAAAACCUGCUCUGCUUGGUAAAAACUGUCCCUUUUGAAUAACUGACCCCUGCUUUCAGCCUUUAAGUGCCAUGACUUCAAUUAGCAGCCGUCCUCUGCCUUUAUUCCCAUUCUUUCUCCCGGCUUUGAAUGCAUCUUGUCACAAGAAGGUCCCGGUCUGGCUGCGGUGUUAAGAAAAAGCUUCUCCCACCCCUGCGCCAUAUGUUUUCUUCCUCCUUCUAUGAAUCGUCUUUAACACAACUAGUCGACAUGAUUGAUUAGGUUAACCCGCCUUUGCCUUACAUAAAACAGCUUCCACCGAGCCGUGGGCAAUAAUGGCACGCAUCUGCCACUCUUGACUCGGGUUUGUUUGGAAAAGAGAGAAAGAAAGAAAAAAAAAAGUCUCCCAUGAAUAGCAAAUGUGUUAGUGUGAGGAUCCUAAUGAAUAAACCUCAAUGGGAGGGAGUGGAAAUGCGACGUGCUGCUGCUGCUGCUGCUGCUGCUGCUGCUGCUGCUGGCCAUUUGCAAGUUUUGUAACGGGAUCAAGAGUUUGGUGUGUUA